CCACUAGCGUCAUCAGUCAGCGUUGGGUGUCCUGAGUUCUGUUGCUCCCACCACACUGCAGUUCAUCUACAGUUCACAGCGGUUCACCAAUAAAUGCUGGAAUGUUCCUAUUAGCCUAAAAUGUGAAGAAGAUAAAGUUUGUGAAAGAAAAUUGAAAUCAUGAAUGACCCAGAGCCCUGCGGAAUAAAACAGGAAGAUAUUGAACAACAAAUAGACCUGAUUGAAGAGAACAAGGAGAUUGAAGAGCUCAUUGAAGCGGGGGAUAAUCAGGUCAAAACUGAAGAUACAUCAUGGAGUCCCUCAUUGAAAAACGACAAUAUAUGUUUCACUUGCCCUCAGUGUGGAAAGAGUUUCUCAUGCAAGCAAAAUCUUGACCUUCACAUAAAAUUUCACCGUGGAGGGAAGCCAUAUGCAUGUGAUGAGUGUGAGAAGAUUUUCACAAUAAAAGGAAACCUCACUGAACACAUGAAAAUUCACACUGCAGAGAAACCACAAACAUGUGACCAGUGUGGGAAGAGUUACCCACAAAAACGAAACCUUGAGGAACAUAAGAAAAUCCACACUCUGGAAAGGCCAUACAAAUGUGAUGAAUGUGGGAAGAGUUUCCCAUAUAAAGGAAACCUUGAUGAACAUAUGAGGACCCACACAGGAGAGAAGCCGCACAAAUGUGAUCAAUGUGGGAAGAGCUUUGCACAAAAAGGAAACCUUAACGUACACAUGAAAAUCCACACUGCAGAGAAGCCAUACACUUGUGAUCAGUGCGGGAAGAGUUUCACACAAAAAGGAAAUCUUAAUGAACACUUGAAAGUCCACACUGGAGUGAAGCUGUACACAUAUGAUCAGUGUUUAAAGAGUUUCACACAAAACGUGCCUUUUAAUGAUCACAAGAAAGCUGCAGAGAAGCUGCACACGUGUGAUCAAUGUGGGAAGAGUUUUUCACAAAAAGGAAACCUUAAUGAACACAUGAAAGUCCACACUGGGGAGAGACCAUUUGCAUGCGAUCAAUGUGAGAAGAGAUUCACACACAAAGGUAACCUCAAUGAACACUUGAAAAUCCACACUGGGGAGAAGCCGUAUGCAUGUGAUCAGUGUGGGAAGUGUUUUGCACAUAAAACAAACCUUAACGAACACAUGACAAUUCACACUGGAGAGAAACCACACACUUGUGCUCAGUGUGGGAAGAGUUAUGCACGAAAAGGAGCCCUUAAUGAUCACAUGAAAAUCCACACUGGAGAGAAUCUGCACAAGUGUGAUCAAUGUGGAAAGAGUUUCAGAAAGUCGGGCGUUUUUAAAGUACAUCUGCUUACUCAUUCUAGAGAAAGAGUAUUUAGCUGUGAUCAAUGCGGUAAAAAGUUCUUUAGGGCAGAUUUCCUGAAGGAUCACUUGAGAGUUCAUACUAAGGAGAGGCCUUAUGUAUGUUCUUUGUGUGGAAAGGGUUUUAGACAGAUGGGUACUUUAAAAAUACAUCAGAAAAGACACAGUGGUGUGAAGGAUCAUGUUUGCUCUGAGUGUGGGAAGACUUUUUUUACAGAUGGUGCACUGAAAGUGCACCAGUCAGUUCACACUAGAGAAACACCUUACAAGUGUUCACACUGUGACAAGAGCUUCAAACGGUCUGAAUAUCUAAGAAUACAUGAGAGGAUCCAUACUGGGGAGAAGCCAUAUCACUGCCCACCAUGUGGGAAAAGUUUCACUCAUUUUUCUUCUCUAACCAGUCAUAAAAAGAAAUGCAUGUCUGAAAUUACAGCAAGUAGUUCGAGUUCUGACCUGUAAGACCACAUCAAACAAUUCAAUUGCUAAUUUAUUUAUCAAAGAUUAUUAAUGAACUGAUUGUUGAUUAUUUCAGAUGAAUAUUUUUUCCUAUUAAUCAUUUUAUUAACAUUAUUAUUUUGCAAUUCUAUAUUUUAAUAUUUUUUACUCUUUUAGUUAUUACCUUUCUCUCGCAAUGCUUGCUAUUGUAAGAGAUAAGAGAGGUUUUUAACGUUGCAGGACAAUGUUGCAAAGCAGUGCUCUUAUUGUUUUUGGUAUAAUAGCACUUGUUGGAUUUGUACUGGCCAGACUAAGUCUGAGCUUUUAGACACUGGCAUUAUAAUAAAGUCUGAGCAUUGAAACAUACACAACUAUGAUUGUUCAAUAAACUCUGGUCUUUGUAUUGUCAUCACUCUGUCUCCUGUUUCAGCUCUUACCUGUCUUUCUCAGUCAAACUUUCAGGCUGAUAGAAGAGGGUUAAUAAAGUUUUGGGUACCAGACAAAUCUUUCUUUUCAGAGGUUUUGCUAGUUUUGAACACCAGACAAAAUAAAAUAAGAUAUUUUCUGACAGGGAUCCGGCAUCAGA